GGAACCAGCCCAUCUUUCCAAGAUGGCGGUGUCCGCAGGUGGGAGGUGGCGAGCGCUGUGUUUUUUAAUGAGGAGGUUCUGUCCGCGAAGGCAGCCCAGCACCGGAGCCUGGGGAUCGCCUGCUCCUCUGAUUUGGCACUUGGAGUGGGACUGCGGCCAGACAGCGGCAAUGAGCCGGUUCAGGCACACAACGAGUCGGCAGCAGCAAGUCACGCCCGGGGGAGAGGACGGAAUGUCGGAGCCGCCGCUGCCAACAGGAACGGGCAGUCAGCAAGACUUACAGGCCCUUCUUCAAGAGUUUCCACAGCCUAAGAACCUGCUAGUUCAGGUCAUGCAGCGAGCUCUGAAGGCUUCUAAUGUAAAUGAUCACAUUGUCUACAAAUCAUUUGAUGGAUACAUUAAAAAAACCGUUCUGUACAUCAGUUGGCCAAGAAAACUGAAAGUGGAAGGUUUCGGCAAUAAGAAAGUUGUUGCAGAGAAACAUGCUGCUGCAGCUGCUUGCAGGAUAUUCAAGAAAAUAUAG